CCGUCAGACUUAUUAACAAAAAUAUCUGAUCGCGAAUUUUCGGCCAAAAACUUGUUUGCGCGUGUAAGGAUGGGUAAUAAUAAUGAUGAUAAUCGUGAAAUUUGUACGCUACGUUUAAGGCUAGUAUUACGUUUGUCGUGCGACAAAUUGUUCAAGCAUGUCGACUGGCUGCAAAAUAGACAAUUUCUAGAAGUCGAGAAGUCGGAUCGUUCCCGCGGCAGCGCGAGGAAAAAUGUAGGAAACGCGCGGAAAACCUUCAGACCAAUCCAAAAUAUCGGCCCUAUUGUUCCUUUAUCUCCGUACAUCGAAAUGGCGUCGAACGCCAUCCGAGCAACAUGGACAGUCAAAAUGGCGGUCAUUGAUUUUACUGCGUCACAUAUGCAGCUUUGAGCUCGUCGACAACUUGCUCCGCCUAUGGCUAUUAAUAUAAAAUUUUAUACGACUUCUUGCCCGCGAAGGUAAACGCGGUUUACCUUCCUUUAGGUAUGUUGGUAUCUGCAAUUUCAUUUUUAUCCGUGCCCUCGUGUCGUAAAUAAUUAGAUAAAUUAAUAAUUUAAGUUAAUUCUUUCGUGACAUUCGAAAUGUAAAUUUCUGUAUAACAUGAAAUUUUAUGCGGUUUCUUGCCCGCGAAGGUAAACGCGGUUUACCUUUUAGGUAUGUUGAUAUCUACAAUGUGACUUUAUCCGUGCCCUCAUGUUGUAAAUAAUAGGAAUUGAACUGAUUUAAGUUAAUCUUUUCGUGAUAUUCGAAAGAUAAUCUUCUAUAUAACGUGGACUUUUA